GGUGGCUUAGAGGGACGCCUUUUGUAAAAUUUCUCCGUUGAUCCAGAUACUUAGGUACAUCGACACCGAAGAAAAAUCGGGGACUUAACGGUAACGGUCCCGGCACCGUCGACCCUUUAAAACGGAGGCGGGACCGAUAGUUACAUAUGAUUGGUCGAAUUUUAAUUCGAGACGGGCCGACACAUUUAACUUGAAAUCUUUUAAGCCUAGGAUCAAUUCGGUUGAUAAGUUUCUUCUGAAUAUCAAUUGGGAUUUUGGAAUUAUAAGUAAAAUUUUGGGAAUCUUGGCGACAACAAACCUAUCGUAUAUCUAGUUAAUAUUGUGUCUGAUCUGCUUCCAUUCACCUCCAAAGACUGCUAUUUAUAAUUCCUUGCUACUUCUUAUCUCUAGGUAAUACAGAAUAGACAAGGAUCUUAUCAGGCAAAGUCCGGCUAUCUAAGGGAAUUUUACAGGGGUUAAUUGGCAAGCCCAACUCGAUUCAGCUUGCUGAAGGCGUGGGUGAUUUCUUAGGUGUGAUGUCAACCCACAGCAGUGCUAGUACCCAGAGACCUGUAAGCAUGUCCGGUGAGGCAAUCCGCCCCGAAACUGGCGACAUCGAUGCCGGGUCGGCAGACGAAUUGCUGGUAUCCCUUGGAUACACUCCGGAAUUAUCACGGAACCGGUCCACCCUUCAAGUCGCAUUUAUGUCAUUCGUUUUGGCAUCGAUUCCCUACGGAUUGGCUACGACUUUGUAUUACCCUCUGAUCGGAGGCGGCCCGGUCAACAUUAUUUGGGGUUGGGUUGCUGUAUCGGCCAUCGUCAUCUGUGUCGCUGCGUCUCUCGGUGAAAUUACGAGCGUGUAUCCGACUGCGGGUGGUGUGUAUUACCAGACAUUCAUGCUGGCACCGCCCAAUUGGCGUCGCCUUGCUGCCUGGACGUGUGGUUGGUUAUAUGUCGUUGGCAACAUCACGAUUACGUUAGCGGUUAACUUCGGCUCUACGACAUUCUUAGUUGGCUGCAUCAACGUUUUCGAAACUGCGGAUGGUGAAGGAGUCUUAGCAGGCGAACCCUAUCAAGUCUUCCUUAUCUUCCUAGGUAUCACGUUACUAUGCAAUGCGAUUUCUUCCCUUGGAAACCGAUGGCUCCCUAUACUCGAUACGUUUGCGAUCUUUUGGACUUUCGCAGGAGUUAUCGCAAUCAUGAUUUGCGUUUUGGUUAUAGCUAAGAACGGUCGUCAUGAUGCGACAUGGGUUUUCACACAUUUCGAAGCUAAUUCUGGCUGGACUCCUGGUUGGUCUUUUAUGGUCGGAUUGCUUCAUGCCGCCUAUGCUACCUCAAGCACAGGAAUGAUUAUUUCGAUGUGUGAAGAGGUCCGAGCGCCUGCGACCCAAGUCCCCAAAGCCAUGAUCUUGACAAUCUGCAUUAACACCGUUGCUGGGUUGAUGUUCAUGAUCCCAUUGGUUUUUGUCCUUCCCGAUAUCCAGGAGCUUAUUCUCCUCGCUCAACCCGUCCCGGCUAUUAUUAAGAGUGCUAUUGGUAAUUCAGGAGGCGCGUUUGGUUUACUCAUCCCACUUUUGGUCCUAGCGCUUUUAUGUGGAAUUGGCUGCACGACUGCAACUUCUCGGUGCGUGUACGCUUUCGCCCGCGACGGUGCCAUUCCCGGCUCAAAAUGGUGGAAGACUAUCAACCACAAGCUCGACGACGUACCAUUGAACGCUAUGAUGUUGAGCAUGGUUGUCCAAAUCGUCCUUGGUGUCAUCUACUUCGGCUCAUCCGCCGCUUUCAACGCCUUCUCCGGUGUUGGCGUCAUUGCCCUGACAGCCGCCUACGCAGCUCCAAUUGUGGUCAGCAUGCUCAGCGGUCGCGAAACAGUCCGCACAGCAAACUUCUCCCUAGGGCAUUUUGGCUGGUUUUGCAAUAUCGUCGCUGUUUGCUGGUCCGUUUUGGUUAUUCCUCUUUUCUGCAUGCCUACUGCUGUUCCCGUCCUUGACCCGACGCUUAUGAACUAUGCCUCGGUUGUUUUCGUAGGAUUUACAGUGAUCUCGAUUGCAUGGUACCUUGCUUGGGGACGCGCAAAUUACGUUGGUCCCCCGACGGCUUAGAUUUUCGCGUGGGGGUGUGUAUCCCAUCAACUACUAGGUUGAUCUCAUGCCUUGCCCUAUUGUCCGGUGCUGCUUUGUUGUGAUACCCGAGACGGAUGAUAGUGAUGAUCGUCAUAUGAGAUAGCUCCAAAAUUUAUACCCAAUAGAAGCUCUAGCGAGCAAG